AUGCCUCGUCGCAAAGCAUCCACCACUGCGAACAAUUCCACAAGAACUGCACCUCUAAACCCCCACAAACGCCAAUUAUCUUCUUCUUCUACCACUCCUGUCGCUACUACCACCAGCCCCGCUAACCGCCAAUCCAAGCGCAUCAAAGCCUCAGCUGAGAACACUCCAACCACCUGCGGCAAGAAAGCCACACCAAAGAAGAGCAAGUACUUCGAGGGGCCCAGCAGCGACAAUGAAGACGAUGACGAGGAUCAGAAAGGCGCAAGUCCAGAGGUGACAGAGGAAGAGACAUCUGGUUACGAGGACGAAGAUGCAUCCGCUACCCUCCCCUCGUCACCUUCCCCUUCUGAGGAAGACGCCUCCGAAUCCGAUGGUCCGCGAACAGGGAGGGCACACAAGAAGAAGCAGCAGGUCAAAAAACGACCAGCUGAGAAGUCAUCCACUACGAACGCACAGUCUACAGUGAGUGGGAUUAUCGAGAAAGGCAAAGAGCUCUGGCGACAAGGUGUGAAAGUCGGCCUGGGACCGGGGAAGGAAGUAUUCAUUGAGAGGCCGAAGCCAAGGGGCGAUGGAGGGAUCAAGUAUGUGCCGGAUAGGAUCCAUCCAAAUACCAUGGCUUUUUUGGCAGAUUUGAGGGACAAUAAUGAAAGGGAGUGGAUGAAGAAUGACACGAUACCAGAACUACCUCCGAAGGACUUGGUCUUCCGGGUGUAUAGAGAUAUUCGAUUCAGCCCUGAUCCAACGCCUUACAAGCCAUAUUUCUCUGCUGCAUGGUCAGUGUUCGGCCUUAAGAACAGCCAUUAUGCGGAAACUUUGCUGAAACUCUUUUAUAAUAGGUCUCGAACUGGCCGAAAAGGACCUUACGCAGGCUACUAUGUGCAAAUAGCGCCAGGAGGAAAGAGUUUUGUUGGCUGUGGUCUGUGGAUGCCAGAGGCUGCGCCUCUAGCCCUCGUCCGAAGGGAUAUCGACCGCAGUGCCAACAAACUCAAACGCAUCCUGAUGGAGCCCGGAAUUCGGAAAGAGGUGCUCGGCGGGGUGUCGAAAGACGAGACGAAGGCUGUCAAGGCCUUUGUUUCGCAGAAUCAAGAGAAUGCGUUGAAAACCAAGCCGAAGGGCUACGAGGCAGACAAUCCCAAUAUCGAGCUCUUAAGGCUCAAAAAUUUCACGAUUGGAAGAAAGCUCCAAGACGACGAAGUGGUCGGGCCGGGAGGCCUGGAUAGGAUUGCAAGCUUGGUGGGCACCAUGACCCCUUUUGUCACCUAUCUCAAUAGUGUUAUAAUGCCAGAUGAAGAGGAUGAAGCAUCAACUGAUGAAGCGAGUGAAGCGAGUGAAGCAGAGGAGCCUGAGUAG